ACCCUUAAGUCACUUCCGUAAAUAAUUGGCGGGAGAUGUAAAGAACCAGGAAGUAGUUUGUUGUUUUGUGGCUUGCUUUUUUAGAGGCAGGAUUGGAGCAAACGAGUUCGACAACAAAUCGGUAAUAGAAAUAUUCUCUUUUGUAAAAAAGCAUGGAUAAUACCACAUCGCUACAAACAGAUGACUGGAAGAACACUAAAGAGGCGGUUGCAAACUUCCGUCGACUGUUGCUUUGCUCCAAAUGCUCAAAUGUGAUGGAAGAGCCGGUGUGUCUGGGGAUGUGCGAGCAUAUGCUGUGCAGGUCGUGUGCUGGCCCCCGGGCAGGAGUCGGCUGCGCCGUGUGUCUCAGCCCUGCGUGGGUGAAGGACAUCCAAAUCAACAGGCAGCUUAGCAGCAUCAUACAGCUCUUCAGUGACUUGGAGUCCCUGCUUAAUCCCACGGAACAAGCAGACUCCUCUGUUGCUGAGGUCAGUUCGCAGGCGGAGGCUGCAGUCCUAAAACACAAGAAGAACUUUAAGAUCUGGUUCAGUCCUCGCAGUCGAAAGGUGCGCUGCAAGGUCGAGAAGCCUUUAGAGGUCACUGCUCCAGACAGGAAGUCCUCUGAAGAACAGCCUGCUGCUCAGUCCAAAGUCCCCACAGCUCAGUGCCGGGACCUUUCAGUGUUUAAUUUCACUUCGUCCUCCCAAGACUCUUCGUCUUCACAAAAUGAAAGUAAUGUAAACAGUAAAGGAAAGAAAAGAACUAAGAAAACUGCUACUACAAGGCAGGUUCAAGGGCACACCAGUACCACACGUAGACAGACUAAAGAGAAUUUGAAAAAGAAGAGGCUGGAGGCCAUAAACCAGCAGUGGGGAAUUACAGACCAACAAAAUCCCUCAUCUGGACCAGAGCCAUCCUGUGCUGAUGGAGCAAGAGGGUCCCGUAAAAGGGUUUCUUUCUUAAGCCCUUCUGUCUCGACUGACGGGGCCCAGACUGAAGCCUCGCAGGUCCGUGAACUCAGUUUGACCAACCGCACAACAAACGAAAGUCUCUCGGGAGGGGAGAUCAAUGUGCUGAGUCACCACAGCCAGCAUGGUCAGAGCACAUCCAGUCAGAUGUCGUCAACAAACAACCCAAAUCCAGAUGACGGUUCCAGAACAGACACAAACGCGUCUCCCCAGGAGAGUCUCUCCAAAAGAAGCAAAACAGUGGAGAGAAACUGCUCCCUGGAAACGACGCCAAAAAGACAGAGGGCUUCUUCGGGCCAAAGGAGAAAAUCACCUGGUGGAAAAGCCUCACCUUUCACUGAGCGUUUAACUUUAGCAAGCCCCCCAAGUGAAAAGAAAAAGAAACGCCCGAGAGAAGGUAAACAGCGUAGUCCGUCUGUUGCAGCCCUCAUGUCUUCAGACAGCCACAAUAAACCCGUGUGCAGUCCUCGGUCAGCUUCCGGCCGUUCAAGCCCUGGCAGCCCUGCAGUAAUGAAGAGGAACCACAGAGGAGAGACCCCUCUACAUCUUGCUGCAAUAAAGGGAGAUGUAGAUUCUGUCAAAGAACUUCUGGAUCAGGGAGCCGACCCCAACCUGAAAGAUAACGCCGGCUGGACACCACUGCAUGAGGCAUGUAAUCUGGGCCACCUGGGAGCUGUGAAGGUCUUGGUUGCGAGGGGAGCCCUGUUGAACACACCUGGCUAUGAAAAUGAUUCUCCACUCCAUGAUGCUGUGAGGAAUGGACAUGCAGCCAUUGUUAAGCUGCUGCUGCAGCUCGGUGCCUCACAGAACGUUCUUAAUCUACAUGGAAAGCGUCCUGCAGAUUACGCAGUGAGCCAGGAGAUGCUGGCGAUUUUCCAGGAAGCUGCAGAAGGAACCCAAUAUGCUAAUUCUCAUACAUCUCAUAGCCCCUCAGCCACUAUCUCCGCGUCGAGUGAGAGUGCGAGAAGGGAUCAGACUUUGAUGUUAUUGGCCAGCAAGCUAUCAUCGCCUGAGCAGCGUCAGCUAGUCAAACUGGGAGUGCUACUGGGAGGAAGGAUCGUUGAUACCUUUUCUGGCUCAGUGAGCCAUGUCGUCGUGCCAGAAGGACAAAUGCCCACCACCUACUCCACCCUCCUGGGUCUUCUUGCUGGCUGCUGGGUUGUCAAAUACAGCUGUAAGUAUGAAGUGAGCCGCUGACUGGAACAAUUCUCUGUGGACA